AUCACAACCUCCCCGAUCCAGCUCUCACCAACACCAACAUUGGCACAUUGCCGCCUAAUUUAUACAUAUACACGCGCGAGCAGAGAAGGACACACAGAUGGGUGAAGGAGGAGGAAUAGUGGAGAAGGCUCUUAGCAGCCUCGGCAGAGGUUUCGAUUUGACGUCAGAUUUCCGCCUCAACUACUGCAAAGGCAAACGGCGAUUGGUGUUGCUCAACGAACAACACACAAGAGAAUUGCAUGUUCCCGGCUUCGGAGCCUUCAAAGAUGUCUCCGUCGAUAUCAAAUGCGACAAAGGCGACCGAACAAGAUAUCAAUCAGACAUCCUCAACUUCAACCAGAUGUCGGAGUUUUUCAACCAAAAGUCGUCGGUGCUGGGGAAAAUCCCGUCGGGGUUUUUCAAUUCGGUGUUUGGUUUCCAGAGCGGCGCGUGGGCGACCGAUGCGGCCAACACUAAAUUCUUGGGUCUCGACGGUUACUUUAUCAGUCUAUUCAACGUUCGUAUUGAUCGGUUCGCGCUUGUUCUCUCCGACGAAGUCCGGGAGGCGGCGCCGACGUCAUGGGAUCCCUUUGGAAUUGCAAGAUUCAUAGAGAAAUAUGGGACGCACAUAAUUGUGGGGUUGAGCAUUGGGGGCCAAGAUAUAUUGCUUGUUAAGCAAGACAAGUCUUCUGAGUUGGGGCCAUCUGAGCUCAAAAAACACUUGGAUGAGCUUGGAGAUCAGCUUUUUACAGGGACUUGCAAUUUCUCCCCACACUACUCCAAAUCCAAAGAGAAGCCACCGCAGGCUUUCAAUGUCUUCGAUCCACAACCUGUUGCCCACAAUAGCUUCUCAUCUGUCAAUGCAAAAGAUGGAAUCAGUGUAAUAUGUUUCAAGACGGGAGGAGAUCCAUCUGUGAAUAGCCACUGCGAGUGGCUUCAAACGGUUCCAUUAAUGCCGGACGCAAUUCACUAUAGAUUCAUCCCCAUCACGUCUCUACUUAGAGGUGUCCCUGGCGAAGGUCUUUUAUCGCAUGCCAUCAACCUCUAUCUUCGAUAUAAGCCUCCUAUUGCAGAUUUGCAGUACUUUCUAGGCUUCCAAUCGCACAAGAUAUGGGCUCCCAUUCACAAUGACCUGUCACUGGGUCCAGCCACAAAUCGGGCUACUCCAUCAUCCGCCCUCCAAUUCAACUUGAUGGGUCCUAAGCUUUUUGUAAACCCUACUCAGGUCACAGUAGGGAAGAGGCCGGUUACUGGUAUGCGUUUGUACCUUGAGGGCAUGAAAUGCAACAGGUUAGCUAUACAUCUGCAACAUCUAUCAAACACUCCAGCAAUGCUGGAUAAGAAGAUAGAUGAAUCGUCAUUAUGGCGUGGAUCAGAAGAUGUUGGCAACGAUCAAUACUUCGAAGCAAUCCACAAAAAGUUCUCCCAUAUAUGCACAGCGCCGGUUGAAGACGACCCUCGAUGGAGCUCUAGCACUAAAGACGAAAGCUUCAUUGUGACAGGAGCUCAGCUUCAUGUGAAAAAACAUGACUCAAAGAGUGUCCUCCAUCUCAAGCUCUUGUUCUCCAAGGUGUCGGAUUCUUUCAUUGUUCAAUCAACUUGGGCAGAAGGCUCCUCUGGGUUCUCCCAAAAGUCUGGCAUUUUCUCUGCUAUAAGUAUGUCAAUUUCUGGAAACCAAGUGAAAAAGAAGGAUGCAGCUGUCGUGGUGGAUUCCGGUGUGUUUCCGACGGGACCUCCGGUGCCGGUUCAAACACAAAAGCUUCUAAAAUUUGUAGAUAUGUCACAGUUUUGUAAAGGGCCACAAGAUAGUCCUGGACAUUGGUUAGUCACUGGAGCAAGGCUGCAAUGGGAGAAGGGGAAGAUAUGUUUACAUGUCAAGUUCUCCUUGCUAAACAUUGUUCAUGAUGAUACAAGAGAAGUAUGAAAAUAUAGAUAAAAAUUUUCUGCAGGACCCUAAUCACAUUGAUUCGGAUUCAGAUCCUACUGGACAAGGGUGCUAUACAUUUUUGGACCAUCUCCAAAGCCGUUAUGGGUAGCCGAACCACCUGUUGACCAAAAGGGAGUGGUUCACCUAGCGGCUAAUAUGGGCUAGUCGAACUGUUAAAGCAUCAGAUAAUUAAGAUAAUCAAACUCGUAUUUACAUGAUCCUAUGCAAAUACAUCCUAAACAAAUAUAUAAAGAUAAGAACAGUAGUGGUUAAUUAUCAUAGGAAUUGUUUAUCUUCUAAUUGAAGUGUAAUCUCGUCUAGUAGAAGAGUAGUUAUUUUUCGUCAACUGUAUUUAAUCUUAGUAGUUCAAUUUGGAACAAACACCUUGUAAAUCUUUAUAAAUAGAAAUGCAAAUCACAGAACGUGGUAAAGAGAAAAGAACUAUUCUGAAUA